UACCUGACCGCAACGCGGCAACAACACGUUGACUUAGACAUUUUCCUAUAAAACAAUCAUUAGCCCAUCAUUCUUCAACUGGAUAGGUACUGCUGUCCAUCUCCUAGAUAAUAAUAUGGCGAAACUAUUUGUAUACGGGAUUGAUCAGUCGUCUUCCAAUCACGAGAUUCAGGAGGAAUUCGAGAAGUUCGGCACCGUUACCGACGUCUACAACACCGGGAAAGGUUACGCCUUCGUGACCUACGAUAGGAAGGAGGAUGCAGAUACCGCCACAGAUGCAUUGGACGGACAGACCAUCCUCGGACAGAAGGUUAAGGUCAACGAGGCAAAGGCUAGAGAAGAGGGCGGAGGCCGAGGAGGUGGUGGAGGAGGUUACGGUGGAGGCCGAGGCGGUGGAGGUGGAGGAUACGGUGGAGAGAGAAGAAGCGGCGGUUACAGCGGCGGUGGUGGAGGAUACGGAGGUGGAAGAAGUGGAGGAGACGGCGGAGGUUAUGGAGGCGGUGGUGGAUAUGGUGGAGGACGAGGCGGAGGUGGCCGCGGCGGAUAUUAAAUCAAAGAAUUUUCAUCAAAACGAUUUAUAGAAAAUGUUCUAACAAUUCUAUUUUCUUAUUAUAAUGUAAAUCCUGCUUGAUUGUAGUUAAAUAUAUAAUAAACUCAUGUUUCUAAA